UUUUAGCUAAUCAUCUUCUUCUAUCAACCAAUUGUCAACUGAACUUGACCAUUUUCUAAAUAGAAAGAAAUGUGAUUGAAGAAAUUGAUAAACAUGUCGAGUAUGUUUUCCUUGGCAAUGUUAUCACAUCCAGUAGCUUAUGAAUGGCUACUGAAAAGAGAAGAGCCUAGCAUAUCUUCUGCUUUCCUUUCUUCCGCAAUGGUAUUGAGACACAGAAUGGUUAUCGAUAAUGACUUGAAGACGGUCGAACAAUUAUUCGUUUGUGUGGGAGUCGUCAACAAUAUGCUCAUAGGAUAUUCGUUUUCAAACUAUCACUUGGUACUCUCUUCUCAGUGGAUUCCCACUUGUAAAGCUAUAUGUAGGAGAUUCGCUUAUGACCUCAUCAGAAACGAAUUCUUAGAGUUACACUGGUUCCCUGAGAACCAAACUGUGUUGGCUAGUUGGUUCCAAUUUACUUCUAGUCGCUUUCGAAUCAGAUAUCUCGUAUUAUAUGAAGCACCACCACCUGGGAAACUACCUUGCAAACUGUUGAGGAGUUUAGAAGUUGUUGCUGAGAGAUUACCUUCUAGUCAAUGUUUCACUGACUCUCAAGCAAGACAACUAGUAGAUGAUGGAUUGCAACCCUCGUGGUUCGACUUGGAACAAAACUGGUCCAUAUUUCCACCGGGUAGUUUGGAAUCUCAAAGACACUUGGGAGUAUUUUACGGUACCGCACGACAAACGGAAUAUGAUUCGCAGAGUUCUUUUACAAUGGAUUGUUUUCGAACCUUUCGACAAUGUAUUCAUGUGAUGAAACAAAGACGACACAAAACAGAAAAAAAACAAACUUUAAAAACAGUGGAAAUUCCAAUAUUUCAAGUAGCAGAUGCUGACUUGGUGAUAAAGGAAUUCUUGUUAUUGGAAAGAUAUUAUCUUCAUGGAAAACGAGGGGAUCGCUGGUUGGAUGAAAACUCCAGUCCUGUAGAAAAGAGGAGAAGAAGAAGACUUAUUUUAGACACAAAGAGAAAGUUUCCUAAAGAAAAACUUUCAAUGGAUGGGUUUCAAGUAGCCAAAGCUUUGGGGAAUUCUCUUAAAAGACGAAUAUGGGAAAGGAGUGGCACUAGUCACACAAACUCUACAGAAAUAGAAAACGAAGACUUGAAGAAUCUGUUGGUGCAAUUAUGUCCUGAAGGAGUUUGCUUUAGAUAUAUUUCUUCCUAUCGUGAUGAUUUGGAAUAGUUUUCUAUGGAACACACAACCUAAGUGAAAUGUUGAUUUCACAAAGGUUGAUAGAUAUUUGCAUGCGUGUAUGUAAUAUAAUUGUCUGU